AUGAUAUCCUUCUUCGCCGCCUUUUCUCUCCUCCCCCUUCUCCUUCUUGGUGUCCGCAUCAGUAGGUGGAUUCACAAAUAUAUACAAGCGCGCAGUUAUGGUCUACCCAUUGUCCUCCUACCGGUCUCAUUCAAUGAACCGCUAUGGAUGAUAUUCCGGCCGCUCUUCGCCUGGGUUGAGUACCUUCCCCUCGGCCUCGGAAAUUGGUAUCUAUACACGAAUAUGGGCUGGCCGAUCGAGGAUGGGUCUCGCUCGUUGCAUUUGUAUGGCGAGAACUUCGUUCUCUGCUCCCCUGUGGAUAACAUCAUCGUGACUGGCGAGCCAGCUGUGAUCAACAAGGUCUGGCAAGAGACAAAAGAUAUUUGGCGCGUACCAGAAAGUCAGAAUCGGCUGUUUUCCUUCUUCGGUGAGAACCUGACGAGCACGCAAGGCGAGGACUGGAAGCGCCAUAGGAAAAUCACCAUACAGGCCUUCAGCGAGCGCACAAUGGCUGGCGUGUGGCUAGAGUCGAAGCGUCAAACUAAGGUGUUGAAAGCUGUGCUGGAAAAGGAGCAAGAGAGGAGCCUGGGAAGUGUCAGGAGUAGCUUUGAUCUUUUGGCGAUGCAGGUUGUCACUAUCAUUGCCUUUGGUCAGGAGAACGAGCACACUACUGUGCCAAAAGGGCACAAGAUGAGUCUCGUGGACAGCAUGAGUUUCAUACUCAAACACAUCCUGCUCACUGUGGUAUUUAAUUCGCUCAGUGCGCCCGACUUCUUGCUACCCGGCGUGCUGAGGAGCUUAAAGGCCUCAGUUGCAGAGGUCAGGCUGUACAUGGAAGAGCUGGUCCUCGCCCACAUGCAAAAAUCCUCCGACACCAAACCUACAGCCGCCGGAACCCGCCCAACGACUCUCCUCGCAGCUAUCGUCAACGCCAACGAAGUUGAGAAGCGCGGCGGCAUCGAAGGCAAACCGCGCGGCUACCUCACAAACUCCGAGCUGUACGGCAACAUCUUCAUCUUCAACCUCGGCGGCUACGAAACCAUAUCCGCAACCCUCACCUUUGCACUACCCUUCCUCGCACUCCACCCCGAAGUCCAAUCCUGGGUCACCGAAGAAAUAGAUUUGUACAACAGCCGCGCCAGCGACGACGACACGGACGCCAACUACAACGCCGUCUACCCGCACCUCGUCCGCACCCGCGCCCUCAUGCACGAGACCCUGCGCUUCGCCUCUCCCGCGCCGCUGUUAGUCAAAACGGCAACCGUCCCCGUGCAAAUCGACCUCACCACGUCGUCCGGCCCGCGCACUAUCACCGUGAAACCAGGCACCCUGAUGGGCAUGAACCAGUACAGUGGGCACCUAUCUGCGCGCUGGGGCGCUGAUGCCGAGGUGUUCAAUCCCAAGCGCUUCAUUGUCAUUGAUGAGAAAGGCGAGGAGAAGUUUCAGAUGCCCGAGGGCGUGGCGUUUACGUCGUGGUUGAUUGGGCCGCGGACAUGUCCCGCGAAGAAGUUCAGUCAGGUCGAGUUUGCUGGGACCAUGGCUGAGCUGCUUCGAGACUGGAAGGUGGAGGUUGUAAGUAAGGGUGCGGAAAGCGAGGGAGAGGCGCGUCGACGGGUUGAAGCACUGGUGUUGGAUGAAAAAUAUUUCAACGUCAGUGCUCACUUGAGAAGGCCGGAGGCGGCGGGUAUGAGGUUUGUGAGAAGGUUGUGA